AUGUCUGAUAAUCCAUUCGACACCGUCGAGCUUCAGAAGAGAAGCGUCUCGCCUCAUCAUGACAAUUCCCCUUCGUAUGAGUUCUGUACGAAGAGCAUAGAGGAAACCGUGGCACAGUUGAGGACGGAUCCAGUGAAUGGGCUGUGCUCAUCGCAGGAUGUUACACAGCGUAGAGGGUUGCACGGGAUGAACGAGCUGAGUGCUGAGGAGGAGGAGAGUCUGCUGUGGAAAUUCCUCGAGACGUUCUACCAGGACCCGCUGAUUCUGCUGCUCAUCGGUUCAGCAGUGAUCAGCUUCCUCAUGGGCAAUAUUGACGACUCCGUCUCCAUCACGCUGGCCAUCUUCAUUGUUGUCUCUGUGGGCUUUGUCCAGGAGUACAGGUCCGAGCAGUCGUUACAGGCGUUGAACAAGCUGGUGCCUGCGGAGGCCCACCUCAUCAGAAACGGCUCCACGCAGAACAUCCUGGCGUCGCAGCUGGUGCCAGGCGAUUUGGUUCACUUCUCCGUGGGAGACCGCAUCCCUGCUGAUAUCAGAUUGGUGGAAGCGGUCCACCUGACUGUUGACGAGUCGAACCUGACUGGUGAGACUGAGCCCGUGCACAAGUUGACAGAGGCGGUUGAGCCUCAAGGGCUGGGCAUCCCGUUGAAUGAGCGUCACUGCAUCGCGUAUAUGGGCACUUUGGUUCGUGAUGGCCACGGAACAGGGUUGGUGGUUGCCACGGGCCAUGACACGGCCUUUGGUGCUGUCUUUGAGAUGAUGAGUGACAUUGAGAAGCCAAAGACUCCACUGCAGAACUCCAUGGAUAAGCUGGGUAAGGACUUGUCCGUUGUGAGUUUCGCCGUGAUUGGAUUCAUCUGUAUCAUCGGCGUCUUCCAAGGACGCUCGUGGUUAGAAAUGUUCCAAGUCUCUGUAUCGUUAGCAGUCGCUGCCAUUCCAGAAGGCUUGCCCAUCAUCGUCACGGUCACGUUGGCCCUGGGUGUGCUUAGAAUGGCCCGUCAAAAGGCAAUCGUUAGAAGACUUCCAAGCGUGGAGACUCUGGGCUCGGUCAACGUGAUCUGUAGUGAUAAAACAGGUACUUUGACCCAAAACCAUAUGACUGUUAAGCACCUGUGGACCACUGAUAUGAACACUGAAGUAUUGGACAUCUCCAAGCAUACGCAUUCCACCCUGACGCAAUACCUGACUGACGAUGUUAAACAGACCUUGGAGGCUGCUAGCAUCUGUAACAAUGCCAAAUAUUCACAAGAAGGUGCUAAAUUUAUCGGCAAUCCAACCGAUAUUGCCCUGUUGGAAGUCUUGCCAGAGUUCAAGAUGGAGGAUAUGAGAUCAUCAAGGUCGAGAACUAAGGAAGUUCCAUUCUCAUCGACCAAAAAGUACAUGGCUGUUACUGUCCACUUGGGUGAUAAAUCCAAGUCUUCAACCUAUGUGAAGGGUGCUGUGGAGAAAGUUUUGGCAAGAUCAACAAGCUAUUUGACCCGUGAUGGUAAAACCGAGACGCUUAAUGAAUCGACUAGCAAGAAGAUCUUAACUGCUGCAGACAAGAUGGCCUCCCAUGGUCUUCGUGUUCUCGCGUUUGGAUAUAACAACAAGGAUUUCGACGAUGAACCUUCUGGUCUCACCUUUGUCGGAUUGAUUGGUAUGAAGGAUCCACCAAGACCAACCGUUAAAGGGGCAAUUGCCAAGUUAAUGAAAGGUGGUGUCCAUGUCAUUAUGAUCACCGGUGAUGCUGAGGCGACUGCUGUUGAAAUUGCCAGAGAAAUCGGUAUGCCAAUUACAGACGUCAGUAGAAACGUCAUCAGUGGUGAUAAGCUUGAUGAGAUGGAUGAAGCAAGCUUGGCAGAGGUCAUCUCAUCUGUCUGUGUGUUUGCUAGAACAACACCAGAACACAAGGUUCAGAUCGUUCGUGCUUUGCAAAGACGUGGUGAUGUUGUUGCUAUGACUGGUGAUGGUGUCAACGAUGCACCUGCCUUAAAACUGGCUGAUAUCGGUAUUGCCAUGGGUAAAAUGGGUACAGACGUUGCCAAGGAAGCUGCUGAUAUGGUUUUAACUGAUGAUGACUUCUCUACUAUUCUUAGUGCUAUUGAAGAAGGAAAGGGUAUCUUCAACAACAUUCAAAACUUCCUAACGUUCCAAUUGUCCACCUCUGUCGCUGCUCUUUCCUUGAUCGCGUUUGCCACGUUCUUGAAGUUACCGAAUCCUCUAAAUGCCAUGCAGAUUCUUUGGAUUAACAUCUUGAUGGAUGGUCCUCCUGCUCAAUCGCUCGGUGUUGAACCUGUUGACAGCGAAGUGAUGAACAAGCCACCUAGACAAAGAGGUGCAAAGAUUCUCACCGAGGCUGUCUUGAGAAGAUUGUUAAUGAAUGCUCUGUUUGUCAUUGCUGGAACCAUUUUCGUUUACGUCAGAGAGAUGGAGGACAACCAAAUCACACAUAGAGACACCACCAUGACGUUUACAUGUUUUGUUCUCUUUGAUAUGUUCAACGCUUUGAGUUGCCGUCAUGCAACCAAAUCUGUGUUUGAGAUUGGAUUCAGCAACCAGAUGUUCAACUUUGCCGUCUUGGGGUCUCUCGCUGGACAGCUGUGUGCCAUAUACGUUCCAUUCUUCCAAAGCAUCUUCCAGACUGAGGCUUUAUCACUAGGGGACCUGGUAUUCUUAAGCGUUGUUUCAAGUUCUGUCUUCAUCUUUGACGAAUGCAGAAAAUACUUCACAAAGCAACAACAACGUACUACUUUCAACUCCAUCGUAUAA